UCUUAAUCGUAUAAUGAGCUAUGCAAAUACACGUAUUCCUCGAUCAAAAAGCGGAGCUGAUUUACUAUAUGAUCGAAUGAGACAUGAACAAUACCAACAAGACGAAAAAGCAGCCAUUGACUUUUUGAACAAGACCUUAGAUGUUUCAUUCUCUUCUAACUGUUCUCUACAGAAAGAGUUGCGAGAUGGAGUUUUACUAUGCAAUCUUGUGAAUAAAUUACGGCCAGGAACAAUAAAACAAGUGGGUCAAAAGGACCUUUCUUUUAUCAAGAUGGAUAACAUUACUCGAUUUCUACAAGGAGCUCGUCAGCUCGGGCUAAAUAAUGCACAACUAUUCGAGACAAUCGACUUAUUUGAAGCAAAAGAUAUGCCAGCUGUAGUCCAUACCAUUCUAGCAAUAUCACGUUUAAUAGAUCAAGUUGAUAAGGAAGCGCCAAAGCAAGAUACACAAAAUGAAAGCAAUUUUGAAACAGAUUUUGAUAAAAGGCAUAAAGAUGUGCGAAAAAUUUUCAAUACAAACAAGUUGCUUCGAAUCAAUCGAGAAGUUCUUGUUCAUGCAAACCUUCCUCCACCAUUUCCAAGACCACCCAAAUCACCUCUUCGGCCACCUUCUCUAAGGCAUGAAGAUAUACAGCCUAUACCUCGCUCACAAUCUUCUGUUUUACAGCUCAAUAAAUCAGAAAGUAAUCCUAAAAAGAGACAGCAUCGACGUUUAUCCACACCCGCUGAUGGAGACACAAGAAGACAUAACCAUACAUUUCCUAACCGUAGUCACAAUGUAGACAUAAAAGAAGAAGUAAAGGGAGGCAGUUUAGGUCAUAAGCUUGAUCGUCAAUACAGAGAAACGGCCGAAGAAAUCGUUUCUAAAAAGCCAGAGAACCAAAACGAAGAAAAACUCUCGUUCACUAACAAGGAUGGUCAUACAACGCAUUAUCAAGUAGGUAACUGUGUGGGCAAAGGACAGUUUGGCUCUGUCUAUCGUGCUCUUGAUCUAUCUACUGGAGAAAUCGUUGCUAUAAAACGUCUCUAUUUACAAGAUGGAGAGUUGGAUACAGAUAUAAUGAAGGAGGUCGCAUUACUCAAAACACUUUCACACACCAACAUCAUACGCUAUUUAGGUCUUGUGCAAAACCAACACAGUAUCAAUAUUGUGCUUGAGUAUGCAGAAAAUGGAUCCUUGAUGUCUACCUUAAAAGCUUUUGGCGCAUUUCCUGAAAAAUUAGUAGCAUCUUUCUGUAUCAAGAUCUUGAAUGGGCUGGAGUAUUUGCAUCAAAACCAAGUUGUCCAUUGCGAUUUAAAAGCAGCUAAUAUCCUGACGACAAAGACAGGCGACGUCAAAUUGACUGAUUUUGGUGUUUCGCUUAACUUAAAAAUCAAGGGGAUAGAUAUAGGUGCAGUCUCAGGAACGCCUAAUUGGAUGGCACCUGAAGUCAUUGAGCUGAAAGGUGCAUCAACAAAAUCAGAUAUCUGGUCUUUAGGCUGUACUUUAAUUGAACUAGUGACAGGAAAGCCACCUUAUGCAGACAUGAUUGCUAUGUCAGCUAUGUUUCGAAUUGUGGAAGAUAUCUGUCCGCCAUUACCAGAUAUGGUAUCAGACGAUAUGAAAAGCUUUUUAAAAGCUUGCUUUCAAAAAGAUCCCGAACAAAGACCGUCAGCAAGCCAAUUGAAGCAGCACUCAUGGAUCACACUUAACAAGCAACGCAUAAAAAAGACAGAAACAUACUCACAUGAUCUAUCGAGUUAUCUACAAAAUCACCCUGAAAUUGAAGACUAUCAAGAAGAAGCAGUGAAAAGUAAUCUCACGCUAAGAAAUAGUGGCUAUUUUACAAAUGAAAGCCAAUUGACAUUAUACCCUGAUGAUGAAGAGCAAACCAAAGAGGUUUUAGGUCUAAGAAACCAAGAAGACUAUACUACUCAUCGGUUUAUCCACACAUCUUUCGGAAAAGUUGAAUGUAAAGUGUGUGGCCACACAAUGACCACAAGAUCGAUUUUCUGUGAAGUAUGCGCAUUGAUUUGUCAUGAAGAGUGUAAGAAAUCAGCAUUUUCUUGUCCACCCAAAGUCAAUGAACAACAACCUUCUUAUGAUUGGGUGUUCUCAGCCAAAAUCUACAAUAACAAAAGUCGCAAGCUAGUAGCAAACGAGAACAGCAAGAAUAGAAUACGCCCUUUUUCGCCUAUUGCCCAACUAAGGCCAGAACAAGCUGAAAGUAUUCGCCAGUGCGCCAUUGCACUUGGACUUACACGGCAGGAAGAAGAGGCUCUCAAUGGUAAUCAAGCCUUGUUGUCGCAUACAUUGUCUUUACAACAGCAACAUAAAAUUGGUUUGGGCACCCUAAGACAAAAGGCACAACAGCAAAAACAAGACAGCCUGCAUAAAGAAAACAAGAAGAAACGACAGCAAACUAAUCGUAGACAAUCUUCUACCAAUGAAGAAUGUAUUAUCUCUUAAUCUAUAAUUGUAUAAAAAAAACUUAUUUAAAUUCAAUGAAAAUAAAAAAGAUCGUUUUUUUAUUUUGUAGUAAAA